GGUGCCCAGGGCGGGCUGGACACACGCUGCCUGCUCCCAGCCACUCUCUGGCUUUAAGAACUGCACUGGCUCCUCGGCCCACCCACAUCCCCCAGGCCGGCAGGCAGUCUGCCCACAAGGAGGGUGCAGGCUCACGGGGCCUGAGCCAGGGGUCUGCUCCCCCCAGCCUGGCGGUGUAAGUGUGAGCGUGUUGGCCAGAGCCAGCGGGGCAUCUCGGGUGGUGGGCCUUGGCACGCCCGUGUGUCUCUGAGGGUCCCCGGGGUGUGUUCCUGGGUCUGUCUCCCCCAGCCGUGUCCGCCUCUGCCCUCCACCUCUCUGCCUGCUCCCCCACCUCCCUCUUUGUUUGCCCCCAGCCCCCCCUCCUGGACCCUCCCUGGGCCCCGUGUGAGCCGAGGCGGGGCUGAGGGGGGCUGCGGCCUGGAUCCCACCUCGAGAGCCCAGUCUGCCCGGUGGAGAUGCUUGGCUGGGGCCUGGGCUGGCCAGCCUGGCCGCCCGGCUGGGGCGGGAGGCAGGGCCGGGAGCCUGGGCCGCCGGUUUGGGGCCCGGCCCGCUCACUGCAAUAUUGAUGGCCCGUCAGGGCGGCCCUGAUUCCUGCGCUUUCAGUUAAAAGGUUUCUGUUGUUGUAGCUUAUGCAGUUGCUCUGUUGCUAUGGAAACGUGACAUCAAAAUGACGUUUCCCGUUUAAAAGCUUUUAACUAAAUUCCUGCCUGUCAGAUGUAGGCCCCAUUUUGAGCGAGGAGCUGCCUUCCGGGAGCGGGGCUCCCACCGAGGUGCGCGGGCCCCGGGCGGGCGGCCGGCCGCGCGCGCGCGCGCGCGCUUGCACCCCGCGGGUGCCCCUGGCAUGGCGGCGGCCGAGGUGCCCGGCUACCUCCCGUCCCCCCAGACGGAGAAGCACCGGCGGGCCCGCAACUGGACGGACGCCGAGAUGCGCGGCCUCAUGCUCGUCUGGGAGGAGUUCUUCGACGAGCUGAAGCAGACCAAGCGCAACGCCAAGGUGUACGAGAAGAUGGCCAGCAAGCUGCUGGAGAUGACGGGCGAGCGCCGGCUGGGCGAGGAGAUCAAGAUCAAGAUCACCAACAUGACCUUCCAGUACAGGAAAUUAAAAUGCAUGACAGAUAGCGAGUCCGUCCCGCCCGACUGGCCCUAUUACCUAGCCAUUGAUAGGAUUCUGGCCAAGGUCCCCGAGUCCUGUGAUGGCAAACUGCCGGACGGCCAGCAGCCGGGGCCCUCCACGUCCCAGACCGAGGCGUCCCUGUCGCCGUCCGCUAAGUCCGCCCCUCUGUACUUACCGUAUAACCAGUGCUCCUUCGAAGGCCGCUUCCAGGACGAUGGCUCCGACAGCUCCUCCAGCUUACUGUCCCUUAAGUUCAGGUCGGACGAGCGGCCCGUGAGGAAGCGCAAGGGGCAGGGCGGCCACUUCCAGAGGAAGAAGCUGCGGCUGCUGGAGGCCAUGCUCGGGGAGCAGCGCAAGCUGAGCCGCGCCCUGGAGGAGACCUGCCGCGAGGUGCGCCGCGUGCUGGACCAGCACCACCUGCUGCAGGUGCAGAGCCUGCAGCUGCAGGAGCGCAUGAUGAGCCUGCUCGAGAAGAUCAUUGCCAAGUCGGGCGUCUAGCCCCGGCCCCCCGGCCCCGGGGCAUGCCGCCUCCUGCCCCUCCGAGGCGCCUCGCAGACCUCCAGGCCUCAGCAGCGGCACGAAAGCCCCUCCCUGGACACGCGGCCAGGACCCCGGGCCCCUGCGGGGUGCCUCCCGAGUGAGAACAUUCCAGAAUCUGCUCUUCUGUCUUGACAAUCGAGGAUCCUUGAAAGGGCUCUUGGAAGUAAAACUGCCUGGAAGCGGGGUGCACGGGCGGGGCUUGGGGGCAGCAGAGCAGCCGAGAGCUCAGAGGCAGGUGUGCCCUGAGACAGCCUCUGGGCCGGGAGACCCCAGCGGGCCCGUCCGCCUUCCAGCCCCCGCGCUGUUCCCCUGCCUGGGCCGCGGGGCCCUGCUGCCUCCUCAGCAACAGCCCUAAUAAAAGUGUGGACUCUGCUCCCGCGGCCGCCCUGUCCGGUUUUCCGGGCCAAGGGAGGGGACAGAACCCAGGCCUGGCCUCGGGGAGUGAGAAGAGCGAGGAAGCAGCAGCAGGUUGUGGAAGCGCUGGGCGGGCAGGGCAGGAGAGGACGAGGACAAGGACAGGGCACAUGGCCAGGAGCUGGCCGAACGCCAGAGCUAAUCCUGACCCUAACCCCUAACCCCUAACCUCUAACCUCUAACCUCU